CGGUUUACCAAGCCGAUUCUCUCUCUCUAUCAGAGCAAAGCGGUAACCGAAAAUGUCCGAUCACCUUCCCACCGAUGUCGUCACCAACAUCCUCCUCCGCCUCCCGGUGGCCGCAAUUCUGCGCUGCCGCGCCGUCUGCAAGCCCUGGCGGGCCCUGAUCGACACCCCAAGGUUCACGAAGCUCCAACUCGACUACACGGCUGCCACCACCAAAAACGCCGUACUCUUCGUCCUCGAGGACGACGGCGACGACAACGGCGACCUCCGCUCCGCCGCGUACGUCAACGGCCUCCGCCGCGAAGCCCGUAUCAAUAUCCAAACCGCCCAAGUCGGCGACGCAAUUUCACGCGAGGGCGUAACCCUAUUCGGAUCGUGCAACGGGUUGCUCUGCCUCGGCUACGACAGCGGGAAGGUGCUCAUAAUCAAUCCGGCCACGAGGAAGUCGCACUCCACGAUGGUUCGUGUAACCAUUUCCCCGUAUGAUUUCAGCGCCGGCGGUGCGCAUUGGUCUUACCGCGACGGUUGCGGGUUCGGGUAUGAUUCUGUCUCCGACGACUAUAAGGUCGUCAAGGUUAACCAGAAGCUCGAGUCUAGUAAAAAGCUUCUCCAAUCUGAAGUGAUUAGUCAUGGAGUUAGGUUGAACUCUCGUGUAGCCGUGAAUUUCCCUUACUUCCUAGCUGGUUCGCAGAAAAUAGGCGUGUUUGUGGGUGGGGCAAUUCACUGGGUAGCUGGUAGGAGCGAUGAUCCGGAGAACAGCAACGUGAUUGUGGGUUUCGAUUUAGGGCACAGUGUAUGCAAGGAGAUCCCACAGCCAAAGUACACAAACAGGCGCUCGUUCAGCAUGAGAGUUGGUGAGCUGGGGAAGUGUUUGUGCAUAUUUGCUAAUUACUGGGGGAGGGUGGUUGAUGUGUGGAUGAUGAAAGAUUAUGGAGUUAAGGAGUCAUGGAGCAUUCUGUGCUCGGUUCCACAUCCCGGGUUGUCCCACGAUUAUGGGAUUCGAUCCCUGGGUUUCUCCAUGACUGGCCAGGAGGUUCUUGUGCAGCUCGACGACAGGAGGCUUGUUUGGUACGACCUGAAGAAUUCCCAGAGGGAUGCUGGUGCUGCCCAGAAGGUCACCGUCAAUGGAUUGAGGACGGAGUGCAUGGAUGCCGUUGUUUGCUUUGGAAGCCUAGUUCCGCCUGAUGGGAAGCUGCCACCCAAAGAAGUGAAAGUUGAGAAGCAAUAUCAGAAACCAAGACCCCAAAGGAAGAAGAGAGAUGAUUUCUUGGCUACUGGGUUCAAGCUGAAGCUUUAGUACUCCUCCACUAAGAUGCAUAUUAUGACAUAUAGAAUAGAGUAGUAGUAGUAGUAGUAGGAGAAGAAGAAGUCAGCUGGUUGGAUGAUGCAUUGGAGGCUUGGAGCAGUGAUGGACUGAUGAUGGGUAAUAAGUGGUUGUUUUCAGCUUGUUCCCCACUCUCCAUCAUGAACCUAUUUUGGCCAUUUUGUAAAUGCUGUGUGUGGGGAACUUAGGAAAGGGCUUCCCUGUUUUUGGCAACUUUUGGAAGCUCCAAAUAGCAUCAGAAGGAUUGUCACUAAGUACUGGUGCAAGUAGUUAGUAUGUAAUGAACGUUGUAGUUUCUAAGCAACUGAUAUCAACCUUCCUUGCUUCAUUUUGAGUACCAUGCCUGAUCAAUGCUGUGGUGGAAACCUGUUUCGGCUUAUCUGCUUGGUUCAUUCCUUCUGAUUUGUGAAUGAUUCGUUUCCUUUCUCAUUGAUAAUGGUUUCUUCGCG